CGGGGCUGUCGAAAACGCAGGCGAGCGCGGCAUUCGAAAUGCGGCCGCCGCUCGUGGUCGGCCCGUCGAUCAACGCCUUCUCGGCGGCGCACGAGGCAGCGCGACAUGUGCGACGUCGACGGACGCGAUAGGAGCACGAUGCCUCCCCCGGCUGCCGCGAUGAUGGCAUUGUGCGUCGUCUUACUCCACUUCUGUGUAGCCACUGGCAUCGAAGAGAAUGCGUGCAAGGACAUAUGCGAUCUCAAGGUGGACGCCAUGGUGAAGUUAUUGGGAUGCAUGCGUCAUACAGCAAAUGAUGAUGUAGGCUACAUUAUUGCAAAAUUCAUGUCCAACGACGCGUUCCUCACGAGGGCUCUUUGCGGGGCGGGCUACAACAUCGACAGCCUUCUGAGAUUGUUUUUCGCGGAUGACUUCAUGGGGGAGCUGAAGACCGCCGAGCGAAAAUGCCAGAAAGAGUUGCUGUAGCGAUUCGUGGCUCAGCGCUGCUUCUUCCGUCGAUUAAGGGCAGUACAUGCCUGCGCACAGCCCAAAUGUUACGCGCAAGUUCGCCACUGCUCAUCUACGAUGCGCCGAACUGUGCAGCGGGGCUGCUGCACGCAGGCGUCAAAUGGGAGCUCAUCGAGAGAUCGUACUGCGGAUGGAAGACCAGGUUUUCUCCUUGAAGGACGCAUCUGUGCGACUACGUGCCACAUUUUGAAUUGAAGUUUCGCAGCAGCGACCGCGUUGAUCCACUCGCUUUAACUUGAUGUGGUGAAACGAAGCAACGCAGCGUAAACAGGGACAAGCCGGUGUUUGUAUUUAUUUUGCAGUAUAUAUGCUUGCGCUGUGUGCGGUGUUGGGCUUCUGCUUUUGUUUCUUCAUCGAGGUAGCGUAAGCCUCGGUUUUAUGCUGCUGGGAUGCAGGCCCUCCCGUAUAGACGCUUUCUUCUUUUUUUUUAUUUGCACAAUGACAACCCUAGGGAUACAGGCGUUCGCAAAAAAAGUACACUAUAGAGUACGUGGAUUAUUGAGAGAGAAUGGGAGAGAAAAGUCUAUUUAUUAAAUAAAAAUGAAGUCGAAGCCCCAAGUCUAGGGCCGCGAUGGCGUUACUCAGUGCUGUUCCGAUAAAUUCCGCCAGGUCCCGGACAAAUGGAGGCUCGAUUCAGUCGGCUAGUCAGAGAAGGGGGUCAGCGGAGUGCCUGCAGUUUGCUUCAUGGCUCGUUAUUUCCGUUGAGCGCAAGGAACCGCAGGCAAAAGGGCACCAUUCCUUUUUUUUUUUACUUUUUAAACUCUUUCUUUAAAUAGAAGCAUACGGGCGCAGAAUUUUGUAGGAAAAACUAGCUAAAGCUGGGCAAUUAAACAAUGCGCUGUGAUAAGAGGGCAGACGAGAGACCUGUUGUCCUUGGUUUUUGAUAACGUUAACAGAAAAUCCUCAAGCCGUCUUCGUUGGUUUGACCACACCAUGCACAGGAGGUGCUCUUUCAUCAGGCGAGAUUCGGGUGCUAGUUCGGAAAAGUCGUAACGAUAUUUCAAGGCCAUCCGGACUUAACAGAUCGUCGUAUCACACAGAGCGUGUUUUGUCUGCAGAAUGAUCCAAGCCUUUUGCCGUUAACAUGCACUGUCUAAACUCUAUAUUAAAUGGCUUUUUUUUUCUUUCUGUGUUUUUCUUUUGGCGGUCGUCAGGGUACAUAUUGGGAAAGAAAAAAGUGAGCUGCGAUUUACACCACCCACACUCACACGUAUCAUGCACUCAAUGAAGUAUCGUGCAUAAAAGAAAAGCUAAAAAAAAUGUCGCGCACAACAAGAAAGCUUUAUGUUGGCCGGGAUGCGAAUCCACACAUUACCCGCCAGCGUAUACUGAACAAGCGAUUCGGAUGCAGAUGCUAUGUAGUUGCACAUUAUUUUGUGCUCAGUACCAUUUCCUUGCAUACGCAUUUCUGCAGCGAAUUUGUUUCUGUGUGUAAGUUAUGUGCAAUAAAAGCUUUCUUAAUUGUU